UGUGAAUAGGAGUGACUUUUGGAGAAAAAGAGAGGUUCAUACGUGUACGGAGGAGGGGGCCAGAGUUUCUUUUCUGAGGGUGUCAGAUCUGAGAGAGAGAGAGAGUGGGUGACCGAGAGCAUCAUAGUCCCCAUUAUCAGAGCUGAGAUAUGGAGGAAAAGGAGCAGGAAGCUGCUUCUGUGGGCGAUGCACGAGGGAAGCACAUGAUCCUUGCGGAGCUUGGUCGUGUGGAACAGGAAGUCAGAUUCUUGGAGAAAGAGUUGCAAGCGCUCGGCCAGACAGAUAUUGUAUCAACCGUGUGUGAGGAGCUGCUUUGUGUCAUCGAGGAAGCACCCGACCCUCUCUUGCCACUGACCCAAAUGGGGGAGAAGGCUGCAUAUGCUUUAUACUUUGAUUCAAGAUAGUAAAAUGUAGGUUGGCAGUUUUGGUGUUAAGAUAUAUCUUUAACAUGGGACCAAACAAUUAUAAAAAAUGUGGGUCCUUUCAACAUUGUGUUGUAAAAUCGUACAGGUUACGAUGACCAUUGGGUUGUGUAUAAUUGUUUAGUUGCACGUAUGUAAACAGUAUAUCUUUAAUA